AUGUUUAAACUUAAGAGACUCAAGUUGGCUCUUAAAGGCUGGAAUAAGCAAGUGUUUGGUAAUGUGGAUGAGGGCAUUCGGAGUUUACAAUCUUCCCUGGAAGAGAUUCAGCUUGAGAUUGCGCAAGAGGGAUACUCUGAUUCCCUUUUUGAUGCAGAGGUUGCAGCUCAAGCUCGGCUGGGGUCCAUUUUGAAUCAGAAAAACUCUCUUUUGCGGCAAAAAAGUCGGGUCAGAUGGCUUAAUGAUGGUGAUAAAAAUACUAGCUUUUUUCAUAAAAGGUUCAAGAUGAGAAGGAAGCAUUUAUUUUUGCCGCAACUGAAAAUUGACGGUGUUGAUGUCUUCGACCAAGAGGCUAUCGCUCAUCACAUUGUGGGUUAUUUCUCCAGCCUCUUUUCGGAAACUAGGGCUCCUGAGGUGACUAUUCAGGACCUUCAUCCUAUCUUAACCAAGAAGAUUUCGCAGCAACAGAAUAUUUUCCUGAUAAGCAUUCCUACUGAAGAGGAGAUAAAAGCUGCCGUCUUUGACCUUGCUGGUGAUAGCGCAGCGGGACCUGAUGGUUUUUCAGGGAGUUUUUUUCAACAUUGUUGGACGACGAUUCAGAAAGAUGUUCUUAAGGCGGUAAGUACUUUCUUUUUAAAAAAUUAUCUUCCUGCUGGGUUGAACUCCAAUACUCUGAUUCUUAUCCCCAAGAAGGAAGUUGUGAAUUCGGUGGCGGACUUGAGGCCAAUUAUUUUAUCAAACUUCUUCUUCAAGAUCCUCUCUAAGAUCUUGGCGUCUAGGCUCUCUGUGGUGGCGGCUGAUCUUGUUACUUCCAACCAGUUUGGUUUCAUUAGCGGUCGUCUGAUUCAUGACUGUAUUUUGUUGGGUUCUGAAGGUGUGAAUUGCAUGAAACGUUCGUGUUAA